AUGGAGUCUCUCGUGGUCAACAGGAAGGUCGCUGGAAAAGUCGAGUGGACUGUUUGUCUUGUGGUGCUAGUUUGUUCCUUUAAUGGAAAAGGUCAGGAUUGUGGAAAACAGUUUUCUGAUGACACUACGGAAAAUUCAUCCAAGCGUAUUAUGGGAGGGCAAAGUUGUCAUGUGUCCCGCUGGCCAUGGCAGGUAGCACUGAUCUCAGAUGGUGAACAAGUCUGUGGGGGGUCUCUGAUAACCUCUGACUGGAUUGUGACUGCUGCUCACUGUUUCGAUAAAGAUGCUAUCCCAACUCACUGGAGUGUUAUAGCAGGUGAACGCAAUUUAAAAGUGAAUGGAUCUCUCAAAAGAAGCUUGGAGAUUUCUAAUAUCUAUCUUCACCCACAAUAUACAUCCAACGCACCAACGUACGAGUUUCCGUCGGACUAUGACGUUGCCAUGGUUCUUUUGAAGCAAAAGUUGUUAUUAACAAGCUGUACCUUUCCAAUAUGCUUGAUGCCAAACGAUGCACGUUUUCUCCCAGGCACUACAUGCUACGUUACCGGCUGGGGAAGACUGGCAACUAAUGGCCCUCAUCCAACGAUGCUUCAGGAGGCACAGGUUCCACUCGUGUCGAGGGAACUGUGUAACAACCCGGAGAUUUAUAACGGCCUCAUACAUGAAAGGGCUCUCUGCGCAGGUUCAGCUGAAGGAGGAGUGGGACCGUGUCAGUUUGACAGUGGAGGACCGCUGGCGUGUCAAGAAAGUGGGUUAUGGUACCUUUCUGGCGUCGUUUCGUGGGGAGUGGGGUGCGGAGAGCCCAAUAAACUGGGUGUGUACAGUGAUAUGAGUGUUCUGAUGGAUUGGGUGAAAGAUAUGGUUGCUACAGACGCUAGUUUCAUUUGA